AGAAGUGAACAAAGCGACCCGGAAGCGGUGUUCCGACUGGAGGCAGGCAGAAAGAGCAUCAAGCUUUUUAUAUACAUAUAUAGAUAUAUAUAUAUAUAUAUAUUACAGCUCAACUCCCAAGACGAGCAUCGGCACUCGGGACGCAAGGAUGGCAGAGCCUCGAUUUAACAACCCGUAUUUCUGGCCUCCACCUCCAUCCAUGCCGGGCCAGCUGGAUAACCUGGUGCUCAUUAACAAGAUCAAGGAGCAGCUGAUGGCUGAGAAGAUCCGACCACUGCACCUGCCGCCUACCUCCAGCCCUUCCCAGCAGCCCUUGCUGUUGCCCUCCUCCUCACCGGACAGCAGUGCACAGCACGGCAUGCCAGUGUCAAAGCCACAGCCGCAACAGGUGUCGGGUCACCACCCGCAGCAACAGGGCUCAGGCCAGCCGGACAUCGCCCUGCAUGCCCGCCCCGCCUCCAGCUCUGGACCAGAUGUUAAUAUGGAUGACAAGUCGGCAGUGAAGACCAAAGGACUGUGGGAAGACUGGCACAUGAGACAGCUCAGCGAGCAAGCUGGUCGAGUCAACCAUCGCUCAGCUCUUGCUCCUUCAUCCCGACCCGACAGCCACAACAUUUCAGAGGCCCUGACGCCUACAACUCCAACCUCCAGCGCCCAGAACCGCCUGGGCGGAGCUCCAUCUGUGAACCUCAUCUCCGGACUGGCUAGCGGCCCUGGCAUGGACCACAUGAAAGUUGGAGGCCUGGCCGGACUUUUGGGCCCUCCCCCCAAGGCACCCAGAGGACGAAAGAAGAUCAAAGCUGAAAACCCAUCUGGUCCUCUGCUGGUGGUGCCCUACCCCAUGCUGGCCGACCAAGGCUGUGUCACUGUUGCACCCAAAGAGGGAAAAACCUACAGAUGCAAAGUGUGCCCGCUUACCUUCUUAAGCAAGUCAGAGAUGCAGAUACACUCAAAGUCCCACACAGAGGCUAAACCCCACAAGUGUCCCCACUGCUCCAAGACGUUCGCCAACGCCUCCUACCUGUCGCAGCAUUUGCGGAUCCACCUGGGGAUCAAACCAUACCACUGCUCCUACUGUGAGAACUCCUUCCGUCAGCUCUCACACCUGCAGCAGCACACCAGAAUCCACACGGGGGACAGGCCUUAUAAAUGUGCUCACCCUGGAUGUGAAAAGGCUUUUACCCAGCUGUCCAACCUCCAGUCUCACCAGAGGCAGCACAAUAAAGACAAGCCGUACAAAUGUCCCAACUGCUACCGUGCCUACUCAGACUCCGCAUCACUGCAGAUCCACUUGUCAGCGCACGCCAUCAAAAAUGCUAAGGCCUACUGCUGUAGCAUGUGUGGCCGGGCUUACACCUCUGAGACGUACCUUAUGAAGCACAUGUCCAAACACACAGUGGUGGAGCACCUGGUGAGCCACCAGUCACCCCAGAGAACCGAGUCCCCCGGCAUCCCCAUACGCAUCUCCCUCAUCUGAGCCCCUCAGCUGCUCGGCAGCAGGUCACGUCCAGAGUCCGGAUGAAGCCGGAGCUUCGCGGGUGCUGCACCUACAGCCAUCUACAUAAGGCUUACAUUAGCAUUACCACAGCUGACAUAAGCAUUCGGCGCUCGAUCACACGCACGGGCCGCCUCCAUCCGUCUCCACGCAGGCUGCCUGUCAAAGUGAGCACAGCGUUAUUUCCUGAAUGUAACGUUAAACUACAUGUUGCCCCGGACGAUCAAACGGCAAAGAAUGUCUUGCGUCAGGUUUUAAUAAGCACUUUCGUAAGCGUCACGUAAACCGCCAGAUGCGUCGGCCAUCUGGGUUUUUUUUGUUUUGUUUUGGUCCCCUAAUUUUUUUUUGUCCCUCUUCCAUGAAAUGGUUUUCUAAAAUGUGCCAGAUGACAUUGGUGAACCCUUGUAAGGAAUAAAAAAAAAAAAAAUUAAAUUAAAUUUCUGCUGGGUGUAUCGUGGAGGCAUCCAAAGAUAAUCUUUUAAAGCACUUUUUUAUGCCUUGUGGUUUUGGCUCAAAUGACUUCAAUCUUGGACGGAAAAUGCCAAAGGGGCAUUAACGUGUGGCAGCUACGAGUAGCGACUGUGUACAAGCGACUGUUUUUACUGUUACCUUCUUUGUUCUAAGAAAAAGAGGGGAAAAAAUUUGGUGCACAAGUACAGGGUCAUCUGAAUUUUAAUGAAGGCAAUCGAUAAAUAGCAAAUUUAAGAAUACAGCCGUGUUGACAAAAAAAAAAAAUUAAAAACAAGAGGGAAGGAAGAUGAAUGUUUCACUCCAUAGUUGGUUUUUAACGUUACCCUUGUGUCUCAUUUCUAACGAGUGCCAUACUGACCUUACUGAGAUUUUUAAGACAGCGUAAGCGCCAUUUGAGUAUUUGAAUUUAAAUAGAUUAAAGACAUUGCACACAUACAGUCUGGUCCAUAAUUAUUUGGACAGGGGUGCGAUCUGCGUAAUUUUGCCUCUGUUACACCACAACAGAGUUAAAAUGAAACAUGGUUGUAGUGUAGAAUUUUUAGCUUUCAUAAAGUUUUGGUAACCAUUCAGUAAAAGUUUUUUUUGUGAUGAAAAACUUAACAAACUAAUCGAUGUCUGUACUUGUAAUUGAUAAAACAUAAUGGUUUUUUUGUUUGUUUUUUUGUAAGACAACAAAAGUCCAGUUUUCUCUCCAUGAAGACAUCAGACCAAUUAAUUUAACUUUAUUUGUAUAGGGCCAAAUAACAACACUGCCUCAUGGCGCUUCACGUGAGUGAGAUCUAACUGUGUACCCCCCACCCCCUAUAAGCAUACAGGCAACAGUGGUGUGAGGGGGAAAAAAAAACUGUCUUGAGUAACUGUGCAAGGAGACAAGUGAGGGUAGCCACCAAGACACCCAGGCUAACUUGGUUAACAUCAGUUGUUAACAGUGAAGACAUCUUUUUGACAUGCUUUGAAAUAAAGAUGAAAUCCUACACUAAAAUCACAUCUUGUUUAAUUUCAGCUCCACUGUGGUGGUUUACAGAGGCAAAAUUAGAAAAAACAAAAGUCACUGUCUAAAUGUUUAUGCACCGAACUGUGCUUCAGAAUUUCUUUUAUGUGUAUGUGUUAAUCCUUACUUUUGGACCAAAAUGUGAAAUUGUUGUACAGCUACUCUGACCCUGUAUUUCUUUUAAAUAAUUGAUGAGCUUUACCCUUUUUAACUGCAGUAUGUCAUAUUCCUUAUAGGCCUAUAUAUCAUGUGGAGAUGAUGCUUUUCCUUUCAUUUGUCUUGUCCUUAGUUUUUUGUUUUAUUUUUCUAAAUUGUACGCAGUAUUUUUAUUUUUUUAUAACUAACUUUAGCAUCUGGACGGUACUAACAGGCUCUCCUGUAUUUUUCACGGCACUUGAGAUAAAAGGUGCUAGAGUUAGAUCUUACAUUUGAGAUGGGACUGAGAACAGUGUAAAAUACAGUAUACAGUGUGUUUUCAAAAGAAGUAAAAAAAAUUUACUCAAGCCACUGGCCCGAAAACAGACAUUUAAGCCAACAACACACCCUGCCUCCUCAACUCUGCUUUCCGUUUUUGAGAUGAUGGGAAAAUGUACAUGUUGCUGUACUGUAAAACAUGUAACUCGUUUAUAGUUCCUAUUUUAAGUUUUCAUAAACAUGUUCUAUUUGUUUAUGUAUAAAACUUUAGUCUACCUUUUGUUAAUAUUGUUUUAUAUUUACAUGUAAGCCUUAACGGUUUUUAUCAUCCCAUUUCCAUUAUUAUGUUCUGCAGUAUUCAGUCGUGUAAACAUUUUUUUUUUCCUUCCGCAUGGAGUAUCUGAGCUGUAAUCUGUAUAACUGUUUAACCCAUGUUCUCUAUGAAAAGAUAUUGCGUAGAUUUAUUACUUUUUCUUGUCCUGCAUUGUGGUUUCAUAUAGUUUCUAGACAACUAAAUAUGCACAGCAAAGACUGAGAAGUAAAACUAAGGAUAUUGAUGUUAAAAAAAAGGACAAAAAGCUUUGUAUCUACCUUGUUUAAUAAACAGACUGUUAAAAA